UGUCCUCAUGCGCACGAAACUCGGAGAUCUGCAUUACCGGUGAACUCUCCAAUCAACUUAACCUUUAUAAAUUUCAGCAUUUUGAGAAAUAUCAACAAGUGUAUAAUUAUAUUAACAUGACCACGCCGGUAUUAACAAAGAAGCAGCAAAGGCACAGCUUGUCAGCUAAAAAGAAAGGCCCUACCAAGUUAAAAAAUGUUUUGGCACAACCCUAUCCAAAUUUCUGGCCAGUCAUCAGUGUAGAUCAGUAUCCAGAGCUGGUAGCAAACCUUAAUAUGAUAUUGCCAUCAAUUAAACCAUUCAACAGUAGACUCCCUAAACAUGUGCUUAAAGAUAUACCAAAGAAAGAUCGUGCGUUAGCUAGAAAAGAAAUGUUGGAAAAGGCACCUCCAAAGCCAGAUAUACUGAAAUUUAUGAUUAUAGGCGUUAAUGUAAUUACUCGAGCCUUAGAGAAGAAUAAUGUAUGUUGUGUCUUAUUAGACUCGAACGUUGAACCGCCUCUAAUAAUAAAGCAUGUUGUUACUAUGGCAGUGAACAAAAAAAUACCUGUUCUUCUACUACCCAUUCUGAAAGCAGUUACCUUAGAAAAGAUGGGAUUUGCCACAGCAGCUUUUGCUCUAAAGCAAGAGGUACUGAAAUGUCCAGAUAAUAUUUGCCAUCCAUUGUACAAAUCAAUAGCAGAAGCUUUUAAAGACUUUGAACUACCUCAAUGUUUGCUGCAACAUUGUAAACCCGAUGAAAUGCCUGAUGAAAGUUCAAUGUGUGAAAUAAAAAUCAGAAGCAAGAAACGUGAUAAAAAUCCAAAUAUUUUUAAGCCAGAAAAACCUGUCAUAGUAUUUACAGACGUGUAUAAGUAUAGAUCUUCACGAGACAAGAGAGCUUUUAUACCGCCUGCAGUCAACCCAAAUUCUCAGAUCUCUCAAACAUCAUCAGACGACUUUAUCGCUUUUGGCAGUGAUUUUGAUCUUGCCAAUGAUUAUUGUGCAGAUAUACCGAAAAAUAAAAGAUAUGUAAAUAUUGGCAAGGAAGAAAAACAUGAAGCAAGAAAAAUUGAAAAUACUGAAAACAAUCAAUCUUCUAAAAACCUAAAGUUAAUCAACGAUAGUGCAGAUUCAACAAAACAUGCAAAAAAUUAUAUAUUGAAAAGAAAGGAUGAAUCUAACUAUUUAUCACUAAAAAUAAAACGUAUACAAGCAAAUAAUAAACGACAUAAGGCAACCAAAUUUACUAAGAAAAAAUAGUAAAGAUGAUCGAAACAUUCUUGUAAAAAACAUGAGACUAGUUGUGCCUCCUGGUAUGUGACUUAUUAAAAAGGAUAAUGUAGCUAUCAACUGCAAAAUAGCACAUAACACUGUCAAAGGAGUUGACUGUAAAUGCAGAGCAGAAUACAGUGUGCCUGUCAACGUUGCGAAGUACAACAUGGUAAAGUACUUCUUCUCAGCUAGGAAUAAUGAUUUCAUAUAACUUGAUCCCCAUAAAAAACAAAAGCUGCAAGAAACCUUUUGUUAGACAUGUAUCCUUACAGUAUUUGUUAAAUAUAUGUAUAUAUACCUCAUUAAAAAGAAGAGACUUCCUAAGGAAUAAAGUAGAGCAAAUUUUCUUGCUUUAAGUAAUAAAACAGGAAUAUAUAUUGUUGAUAGACAGAAGCAUAAUAGUCCCAGAAGAAAACAUACAGCAAAGGAUAUAAGUCUAUGUGUUCUCGUCUAUCAAAAUAAAAAUAAAUAUCUUAUUAUAUUACUCAA